CCAAACAAAUGACCCUUGCGCAGCACUCCUCGAUCUCAAACCCUCCACCGGAAAUAAUUUCCCAGCCAUGGAUACCUCCCCGAACUCUAACCCUAGCCCCUCCCCCAAAUCCAACAUCUACCAUAUCAGCGGCGUCCCAGUGGAGUUCCCCUACAAACCCUAUGGCUCCCAGCUCGCUUUCAUGAGCCGCGUCAUCUCUACUCUCGAACGCGCGCGGCGGCAAGGCCAUUGCAAUGCUCUCCUCGAGUCCCCUACUGGCACCGGGAAAACCCUAUCCCUUCUCUGCUCUUCUAUUGCGUGGCAGCUGCACCAAAAUCGGCGCCAUCUAUCCAAACCCCCUUCUAGUGUUUCGGAGCCUAACGAGGUCGCUGAUCCUCUUAUUCACGGGGGCGGGUUCAUCCCUGAUCCCGAUCCAUCUGGGAAUACGGAGAUGCCGCAGCAAACAACGAAAGCUAAAGCUCACAAGAAGCUUCUGACUCCCACCAUUUAUUAUGCAUCGAGGACACAUUCUCAGAUCAGUCAAGUGAUUCGGGAAUACAGGAAGACAUCUUACCGCGUGCCAAUGGCUAUUCUGGCAUCACGGAAGCACUAUUGUACCAAUAAAUAUGUAUGUGGUAAAGAAAACGUGGACGAUGUAUGUAAAUUGCUCCUAAAGGACACCAUUGGAGGUUGCCUUGAGUUCAAAAAUGCAAACAAAGUCAGAAAUCAUCCUUCUCUUCAGAUUGGUGGGUGUUUUGAGGUUCAUGAUAUAGAGGACCUAGUAAGCAUUGGCCAACGUGUAAAAGGUUGUUCGUACUUUGCUGCUCAAACUCUUGCGGCUGAAGCACAGUUAGUCUUUUGCCCAUAUAGCUACAUCAUAAAUCCAAUUGUUCGGAGAGCUAUGGAUGUUGAUAUCAAAGGAUCCAUUCUAAUUCUUGAUGAGGCCCACAAUGUUGAAGACAUGGCGCGUGAUGGUGGAACUGUGGAUAUUGAAGAAGAUGUGCUACAUGCACUUCAGGCCGAAUUGGGGCAGUUGUGCAUGAAUGAUAAUCUUGAGAUGACAUACAGACCACUAUAUGAUGUCAUUCAGGGAAUUGUAGGUUGGAUCAAUAUCAGGAAAGAUAAUUUGCAGAGAUGUGAAUUUGAGCAUUAUUUGUCAACUUGGACUGGCGACAAGGCCAAGCAACAGCUUCAACAAAUUGGAAUUUCUCAACAAUACUUUCCUGUUCUUCAAGAAUGUGCCACAAAGGCCAUCAAAGCAGGAGCCGAGGCAGUUCCCGGUGAAACACAUUUAACUGGCAUUUCAUUAAUAACCCUUGAAGGACUAUUCUCCUCGCUCAGUUAUUUUUUCUCUGGAAAUGGAUGUCAUGCAAAUGAUUAUCAGCUUGCAUUGCAACGCUAUGUCAAGCGAGAUGGGAGUAAGUCAGAUAUAUGA